AUGGUUGGUGUGUAUGAUAACUGGUUUGCUCCUGCUUUUGUAGUGUCGUCAAGAGGAAGCCGACAUGUUUGCAAAAUUUGCGGAAAAUGGUUCGCGACUGCACAAGGUGUGUAUGGUCACCAGAGGGUUCAUUCCGAGUUGAAACGGGUUUGGGGUCUUCUCAAGAAGAAGCCUAGGGUUUGCUCUGUUUCAACCUCCAUCGAAUCUAAAGCCCUUGAUGCUGAGUCUUCUUCUUUUAUGAGUGAGAUUGAGAGACAUGAGAUGGAUGCUGCUGCGAUGAGCUUGGUUAUGUUCUCUGAACGAGUUUCUGCUAUCACAAACUUGCCUCCGGGUGAUCAGUCGAGAGAAGAGUUUAGUGAUGUGUCCGCUACUUGCAGUGAUGUUGUUGUUGCUCAGGAAUUAUCUUCUCCUCUGAGAAGUAAGUCGCUGGAGAAACGAGAGAGUAACUUCAGCUAUAGAUUCAAAAUAUGCGGCAAGAGUUUUGAGCGUUCUCUAGGUAGCCACCAAAGCUUAUCAAAUAGAGAGCAAUUAGAGUGUAAAAAGGAGGAAUUUGAAGUUAGUAAUUCACUUUCUGAUGUGUUGGUUGACUCAGGAGCUAAGAAGAUUGUUCCACAACCAUCAUGCUUAGAAGUCUCUCAGGAGGAGUUGAAUGAACGUAGAGAUAAAGAACAUUCUGGAGAGUCGACACACGGUUUCGCGUUGCUUAUUCCUUUGGGAAGUAGGUUGCAGGAAAAACCUCAGAGUAACUCCAGCUAUAAAUGCAAAGUAUGUGGCAAGAGUUUUGGGUGUUUUCAAGCUCUAGGUGGCCACCAAAGCCUUCACAGACCGAUUAGUGUGAUAUUGGGGCGUAAAAGGAAGAGAUUUGAAGAUGAUGAUUCACCGUCUGGCUCAUCAUCAGAAGCUAAGAAGAUUGCUCUACAACCAUCAAGUUUUGAGGUGUCUCAGGAGGAGUUGACUGAACGUAGAGAUACUAAUGUGGAGGAACACUGUGUUGAGUUGAAACAAGAUUAUGAAACGUUUAACACUUGCAGUGAUGUUCUUGCUCAAGCAUUACCUUCUCCUCUGGGAUGUAAUAUGCAGAAAGGAUUACAGAGUAAGUCCAGCUAUGAGAGGGUACUGAAGAUGUUGUAGUUCACCAUAUGACUCAUCAGAAGCUAAAAAAAGUUGUUCCACAACCAUCGUCUUUCUUAAGGAGUUGAUUGAACAUAGAGAUACUAAUGAGAAGGAAGAAACAAUAAGUCAUGGGUUUGUCUUUAGUGUUUCCAAGUCUGGCCAAAGCUUUUGAGUUUUAUAUACACAGAAUCUUCAGAUCAGUUGAACAGAAUGGGAUAUGUUAGAAAUAAC